GUGGUUUCUGCGAAAGGAUUUCCCUCACAGUGACUCAUUUCGCGUUUGUUUUUCACGGCAUCCCCCGAUCGAACACAGAACUUGUCAAAAAUUAUCUCCAAGUGUUUCUAGAGUUGUUUGAGGGAUAUAAAAAGUGAUUUUCGUGCAGCAGCUGGUCUGUGUUGCAAUCAAGGUUAAAAAAUUUCCGUGUCAGUCGAGUUGCGGGAUCAAAACAAAACCGCGUGGCUGUAAAACAAUCGAAAUGAAGUUGGAAUUGAGCGACGGCAUGUCGAACAAUUCGGAUUUUAGCAACGACUCGCACAAUUCGCAAAUGUCCACCGCUGAUUUUAUGGCCUCGAUGGGCAAUGGGACACUUUUGACACCCACGUCCGCGGUAAGGCCCAGUACCAAUCUUCUGUUCGAGGGAUUGUCAAAAGGCUAUAUGACUUAUGAGGGUCUCCAUUCAGGUGUGCCCACAAGAACGACCCCAACAGUGACCCCGACGAUCCAUAGAAAUAUAGAGCAGACUUUUAUCGAACUCCAAAAGACGGAGCACCACGAGAACGAAGCGGGAUUUGUGCCUCCGAUGGUUCACAAUAUAGGAAAUAACCAGUACAUCCCAGUAUCUGAAGCCGCCGACAUCUACAGCCUGAAAUCCUCCCCGAACCUGAACAGCAGCCUGUGGCACAGCAACCUCUCGCAAUCCUCCCUCUCCGACUGCGACACCCGUUCAACCCCGCCACUCAGCAUCAGCGGCGGGUACGAGGGCGGCUCGGCCGGCGGCGGCGGCGGCCAAACCACGCGAAGAAACAUGGGCGGCAGAAAACCGACCAAGGACGUCAAUUUGAGUCCCGAGGAGGAGGAGAGGAGGAAAAUCAGGAGGGAGCGCAACAAGGCGGCGGCGGCGCGGUGUAGAAAGAGGCGCGUCGAUCACACGAACCAGCUCAUUAUGGAAACCGAGGAUCUCGAACGCAAACGCCAGAACAUCCAGGACGAGAUCCAGCGCCUCAAGGAGCAACAAGACGAAUUAAUGUUCAUCCUCACGCAACACAAACAAUCCGGAAAAUGCCGAAAACGCCACCACAACAACCAACAACAACACCAACAACAGCAGGACGUUAAACCGUUCCAGAACAUCUACGCUCAGCAGCAGCAACAACAGCAGCAGCAGCAGCAGCAGCAAAUGUAUCAGGAUAUCGAGGAGCGCGUCAAAACCGAACCAAUGGAAGCGCUGAACACGCCCACGGCCGACAUGUUUUUGCUACCGUCAGCGAAGAAGCCCAUGCUUUCCGCGCCCAUCUCUAGACCCUCCCGCCCCAACUCGCUUAACGUCGGAGUGACAGCGCCGCAAUGCAUGACGGAUAUCAUGGGCAUUCCCAUCUCUACGCCCUCUAGCGGCUUGCAUUUCAACUUCGACUCGCUGAUGGGAGGUGGUACUGGUUUGACUCCGGUUUCGGCGCCGCUGGCGCCCUCUUGCAGCACUCAGCAGAGAAAUAUUCCGAUUAGUAGUGCCGAUAUGAUUUCGCCGGAUGCCUGUAAUCCCCCCAAGUUGGUUAGCUUAUAAGAUUUACAUUUGUGGCCGGUGGGCCUCUAGAAAUCUCCUCUGUAAUCUCAUUUUCAUUAUUAUUAUUAUUAUUACCCGACAGUAUUUACAAAUUAAAGAACAAAUUUGUUGUGGCGAGGUUUUCUAGGGGUUUCGCUGGCCGCGUUUCAUGAAGCAAUACAAUCAAGUCAUACAAAACGAAAUUUUGGUACUGUUCACCAUGUUUAGUAGUUGAAGCCAAAAAUGUUUAAUAUUUUUUGUUUUUACUAGUUCAACUAGUGAUAUUUAUGUGUCAUUUAGUUUUAUUAUUUAUUUUGUUAUAGUUUAUUGUAUUAUUGUAAAUAAUUAUAUGCCAUUUGAUGAUGGAAAUUUAUUACCCCAAACGUGCUAAACAUGGAUCUUAAUGAUAAAAUAAUUAUUAAACAAGAAGUAAAGUGCUCAAUUUGCUAUGCUAUAUUUUGCUACCAAGAAAUGCCUUUAUUGACGACGAGAAAUGAUAUAGAAAAGAAUAAACAAAUAAAAAUAUUUUCACUUAAGCAAAAAUAUUCCCUCCAAAAGUUUUUUAUAUAGUAGAUGAUAAGGAUUAACAUUAUUAUAUUUUUGUAAGUGGAGUGCUCCUUUACAAAAAAGCGAUUUGUGUUAUUAUUGAUAGGUAUAUUAUUAAUAUAUUAUAUUGAACGAUAUGGAAAGAUACUUUUCUACGAGUAUGUUUAUAGCAAUAUAUGGAUUACAUUUUUUGUAAUCAGUCAAUUUUAUAUUGUAGUUUUGUCAGAUUUUUGUAUUUAUUUUAUGCAAUGCUAAUUUAAGAAAUAAAUCGAUUUA